AUGGAUAUCACCAGAUUUGUCGUCUCCGGAAGGGACUCAGCUCUCCUCUACGGAGACUAUACAACCUACCAGACUCAGCUAGGCAAAAAGCUACUGAACAGUCGCAAGAAACUGGGCAUUACAACCAAGAACCGCAGCAAAUUCCAUAAGAAGGCAGAUAUCACCGCUGACCAGAUUUCCGAGAACCAUGAGUACACACGUCUUCUCCUGCUCACGAGUGAGCGCGCCUGGGCCAAUGCUAUGGCCAUGAAAUCCUCCCAUACUUCUGAUGCGAAGGGUGUCACUGGAAAGACGCGCUCUCACAUAGUAUCCCGACUCGACAAGGCCGCAAAGGCCGCAGAGAACCUCGUCGAAUUGCUGGCCCAGUCCGGAGCUGGCGCUACAGAGAACGACAAGCUCGAGUCUCGAGCUUAUGCUGCACAGAUCCGGGGUGCUGCAAUGUUUGAGAAUCAGCACUGGGAGCCCUCCCUCAAAAGCUAUGCCGUCGCUCGUGCCAUAUACAGCGCCAUGGCUACCUCCACCAAGGGAGACGUCUUCAAAGACCUACUUUCCGACACCAUCGACCCGUCGAUCCGCUAUGCCGCUUAUCAGCUGAAGACUCCGCGAACGAUACCGAUACCUGCCAUUGCGAGGCGAGCAUUCCCCCAAUCCGACUCGGCUCUCGUCCAACAAAUCAAUAAUCUCGAUCCCAAUGUGCUCAAGCAGGUAGACAGUGAGGCCAGCAAGGAUAACACCGAUGCCGAGAAUGCCCCCAGAACGCUCACCUGGCGCUCGCGGGAGGUUAGGAUCGAAGACGCUGCAAUCUCCCUCGCUUGGGGCAGGGUAGAGGAGGCUAAGGCCCAAUUGACGCAGCGAUGGCCUUCUCUCGCAGACGCCGAACCCAGGGAGGUCGCCGCAGCCUACGAUGGUAUCCUCGAAGCCACUCAAGAUGCUGCCGAUGCGACAAAAGAAGCCAUCGACGACUUGCGAGGAGAAGGUGUAUCUCAGAGCGAUCCCCGCAUGCAGAGCUUGCAGAUCACUAGAACUGCCGUCAACUACGAGAUGAUCAGUUGGCGGAUUGGCCGAAACCGUGUUCUGACAGGAAGCGAUGAUGGCCUAGUCGAGAACUACAGUGUCUCCCAGAAGAAGUCUAAGAAGGACCCAGCGGUCAAGAAGCGCAAGGAAGAGACGCCGAGUCGCAAAGCCGCGAAGUUGAAAGAACUGGUGGCCCUUUACGAAGGAACCCUGCAAAGCUUGGAUGCCGCCAAGGAACUGCCUGGAGUAGCCAACGACGAAGGCCUCGCAGGACAGCUCGAGGCUUUUGCUGGAUACUUCCGCGCCUUGAAGUCUCUUUCCAUCGCUCGCUCUCAUGCUCUCAUUGGUAACACAGUGAAUGCCUUGGCUCUUAUCAAGCACGCAUUCGAGGAAGCUCAAAAGGCGGCGUCGGCGCUCGGCGAAACAUCUACCGACUCUCCCCGUCACAUUGAAAUUACGGGGAAAGACGCACAUGGCCUAUUGACCUUCUUGGAAGGCGAGCUGCAACGCCACCGCGCUCUUGUGCAUCUGUCCAACCUGCUCAAGGAUUCCGAUUCCAAGGAGGACGACACGAGGUCCAUCCCCCUGAUUGAGCGACUUCGCGAGUAUCCCUCUAACGGAGUUGACCUGGCCAAUAUCGUCAAUAUUCCGCCCAAACUGGCGACGAUUCCCGUCAAGCCCAUUUUCCUUGACGUUGCUUGGAACUACAUUGACUACCCGGGCAAGGAGCCCCAGCAAGCGGUACCGCCGUCCAGCAAGCAACCUGACGUUGCGAGCGAGGGCAAGUCUCAACAGCCACAGAAGAGGGGGUGGUUUGGUUUCGGUAGAUAA